AUGUCGACAAACUCGGAAAAGCCCGUGAUCGCCAUCGUCCAAGGUGCAUGGCAUCGCGCGACUCACUACCAGGGCCUUGUGCAGUCGCUUACCAACAAGGGCUUCCCUGUUCUUCAACCUGAUAAUGUCACAGCUGGCAAGGACGGAAGUAUUAAAGGCAAAACUCACCUAGACGAUGUUGAGGCCAUUCGACACUCCCUCCAGCCAGCUCUCGACGAAGGAAAGCGGAUUGUGUUGGUCUGCCAUAGCUACGGAGGCAUUCCUGGCUCUGCUGCUGUGGAAGGCUACCAGGUUCACGAACGAGAGGCCAAUGGUUUGCCUGGUGGUAUUUCGCACGUCGUGUAUAUCGCCGCGUUUGCUCUUCCUGUGAAAGGUCUUUCUCUUUUAUCCGCUGCUGGAGGCCAACACGGCCCUUUUCUCGAUAGAACGAAUGAUAUCUGCUACCUAAACGACAAAGCACAAAACGCCUUCUACAACGAUUGUACUCCCGAAGUUGCUAAGAAGGCAAUCAGUGAAUGUGUCAACCACAGCACUGCGUCUCUCGAAACGGCAGCCAGCUUUGUCGCUACUGAUAUCACUGUGCCAAAGACAUAUGUUGUCUGUGAGAUUGAUAAUACGGUUCCUGUGCAGGGACAAUUGGCUAUGGUUGGUGCUAUGGGAGAUGCGGUCAAUGUGGAGAAGAUAGAGGCUGGCCAUUGUCCGUUUUUGAACGAGAAGACUCUACCUAAGGUUGUGGAGAUCAUUGAGAAUGCUGCGCAGUAA